GAAUCCAUGAAGUAUCAUUGCGUUCUCUUGCUCCUGGCGACCAUCGGGUGCUUCCUGGUGAGCCAGACCAGUGCGGCGACUGCCACUGCCACAACAACCUCUGCAACAGCAGUGACUACAACCACAGCCGCGUCCUCAGACACGACCACCACCACAGCAGCGUCCUCAGAUGCGACCACGACCACAGCUGCCACAUCUGACACCACUACGGAGGCAGGAUCUUCCCAGCCCAAGAAGACAAAGAGGCACUUCAAGCGGAAGAUCAAGCGCGGCAAGAAGAAGAUCCAUCGCAGGCGCUCACCCAAGGAGGGAUCCGAGAGCAACAGGGGAUAAAUGGACAGCAAACGACCAACGACAUCCUUAUGUAGCGGAAAUCCGGAAACAUGUU